AUGCGCACACUCAGGGACUUUUUUAAUCGGGCACCCCCACCAACGCCGCGUACACAGGACUCCCGGAUUGAGGCUCAGACGUUGGAUAAAGCUCCGGCUUCAUCUCCACAGUCGGAGCUACCGCGGUCGUCUAUAACGAUAGAUCUAACCCAGGAUGACGAUCGGAAGAACGAGGAGGAUAUCUCCGCAUUGACUCGGCAGGAUAUAUCACCACCGCGAUUAGCCAGCGACAACAGACCGGAAAAAUCUGCCCCGGACCACAGCUUUUUGGGCAUAGAAUCAAUCCCGCCGCCCUCAUCAUUGAACGGCAGCUUCAACGCUUCGCAACGCAUUCUCAAAGAUGGCCAAGAGGUAGUCAUUAGCUCUGAUGGCGAUGACACAGACUCCAUAUCCUCUUUGGAAGACCCCGACCUACUGUUUGCUCCGAAAAACAAACCGAAGAAUGCUCCCCCGCCCCCACCAAAGAAGUACCAACCGAACAAAGCGCUGCUUGCUCAGCUAUCCGCACCAACAAAAUAUAAGUACACCAUCGAUUCCUUGGUGCACGAUGCGGUGGAUGAUGAUGAGAUCGAGGCCAAUGUUGCCAAGGCCAGGGCCACCGUUGUGGAGUUACAACAGAAUGGUGUCCAAGGUGCUGCUGGGGGAUUAAAGAACGGGCUCAAUGAGGGCACGUUGGCAUCUGCUUUGGGCGGUGAUUCUGACCAGGGACCGGGGCUUCAACGCCUAUUUGACGCUGUUCGGAGAACCGAGGCCCUCGAGCAAAAUCGCACUUGGCGGUUCUUUGAUUACAGCCAGAUGAUGCCCGCCACACCGAAAUUCCCCCGUAAAUUGUUUCCUGCGGGUUCACCUCUGGCAGGACUGACAGAACCUGAAUCUCGUGCCCGGAUUCUCCAGUCGGGGAUAUUAGAGUUUGCUGCAUCUUUGCGGCGUUUGCCAGAUGAGUUCCUCUUGUGGCUAAUCAGGUCCAUUCCCCAUGAACCCAAAGAAGAGCUGAGGAAAGCUUAUUGUCGGAUUUUCACGCAAACACCUCAAGAGCAAGCGGGACCAUUGAUUUGCCGGGAUGAAAUUGACGGACUUUUCCGUCAACUGGGAGCUAAGCCACGAGCAUUAGAUUUAUCUGAACCCAUCAUCCCAGAUCCUCCUGAGUCAUCAUUGAAAGCGCCACAUAACAGAGAGCGAUCAGCCUUGGUUUCCGUCUUGAAUCUGAUUCGAGACACUGCGGCAGCAGAGCUGUUUGACGAUGAUACCCAAGAGCACGCUAUUCAGAUAUUGCUUCGUAUGUCUAUAGAUACGUCGUUGACUACGGAUUGCGUGGUGCGUUCAGAGUUGCAGGGAACUUUGACUUCCCUCUUGGAAUUUGGACCGAAGGAGAGAAUUGAACGUAACAUUUGCACCACAAUCUAUGAAACUAUUAAAGAUCCACAGUUUCAGAGUCGCCUGUUACAGCAUAUUCUCCCGACGUCAACAUGGGUGUCAUUACUCCGAUAUCGCCUUGCAGUGUCAUUUCUACUGAAGAAACCCGGUCCCUUCACCGACUCCCCCAAGGAGCUCCUUAGCCUGAAGCGUAUUACUCGGCUCUUAAUGCGUGAUGAACGAUUCCAAGUGCGAGGGCAUAGAGGAAAUAGCGAAUACGACUAUGGUGAUUUAGUCGCCAUCAUCUUGCAACUUGAGGUUUGCAUCAACUCGGCCCUCUUCGACUUGGAGUAUAGACAGGCAGACACCGUGGUCAAGUUCAAUGAAGCAAUCGACCAGCUCGCUGCACAGAUCAAGUGGGUCUUCAGUUCGAUUGAGAAUACUGGGGCAUCCCAUCUUCAACGCUUGGUGGCGAGGGAUAUGCUAGAAGCCUUGCACUAUCGGAUGGUGUACUCGGUUCGCUCCAAGGCGCCGCCGAAGAAGACCCCGUUCGAAAUCAUUCCGAACCAAACGAAUCACACAAUUCCCGACAUGUUCACAAGAAACCGUCCCAUCAACACUGGAGAUGGAGCAGCGGAUGCUGCAGAGAUAGGAAAUGUUGAUGGCACGGCAAUGCCCAUUCGCGGACAUGAUCAGGAAUCAUAA